AUGGUGGAUGGUAAUGCUUUCCUUUUUUUAUUCUUCUUGAAACCCGAGACAGUUAAAAGCUUACAAAAUCUUAUUGCAUCUGGUUUAUUAGUCAAAGGUGAAAUAUUUUCCGAGUACAACAUAACGCAUAUGAACGAAUUGAAAAUAAUUUAUGACGUAUUAUUUAAUGCUAAAGAUUUUGAUACUUUUUACAAGACAGCAGCUUGGGCACGUCAAAAUUUAAACUGUGCGUUAUACGUAAAUGCACUUUACAUGGCCAUACAACAUAGAAAAGACACAGAAAUAUUAUCCAUUCCAGCACCGUAUGAGUUAUUACCAAAUUAUUUUAUAGAUCAAUACGUUAUAAUACAAGCAGCAAAAUUUUUUGAGAAGGACUAUAGUAAUUUAGUUGUACGUAAUGAAACUAUUCAUAAUGAGGGUAAUUCCUAUAUUAUCGAUGCUAACUACACCGGCCUCUUUUAUGAUAACGACGAUGAAUCUAAAUUAGCUUAUUUCCGUGAAGACGUCGGGUUAAAUUCUUAUUACUACUUAAUGAAACUAAGAAUGGCACCUUGGUUUAACGAUAAUGUGAAUGAUAAAUUUGGUGAAAAUAUGUUUCAAAUGAUGAAACAAUUUAUAGCGAGAUAUAAUUUGGAAAGAUAUGCCAACGGACUACCUGCAGUGGACAGUAUUACCUGGGAUACUCCAGUCAACGUUCCUUAUAAUCCUAUGCUAAUGUAUUCUAAUGGAGUCGAGUUUGGUCACAGAACGUCAUCUAUAGAAUUGUCAGAAAAUGAAAACGUACAACAACUGCAAACAAUUGAAAACAAUAUUGCCGCUGUCGUGGAUCACUUGCAUCAGCGAGGAUAUAAUAAAACACACAUAUUAAAUCAUCUGAUGGAAAUUAUGGUAACGGGUGACAAAAGCUAUGAGAGGUUAGCCAGGAAGCUUCUGGGCAAGAAUGCACCUAAUAAUGGGCAAACAUCUGUCUUGGACCACUACAUGACUUCGCUUCGUGAUCCAAUAUUUUGGAAUAUAAAUACAAAAAUAGUAACUAUUAUAGAUGAAGCUCUUAAACUUUUGCCAACCUACACCAAAAAUGAAUUAUUUUUCCCUGGAGUAGAAAUUAUAAAUAUCGACGUGAAAAAGAUAAUAACAGCAUAUGAUUACUUUACUUUUGACGUCACAGAUGCACUCAAAGCAGAAGAAACUGGGUUUAGAAUCAAAAUUGGGCAACCGAGAUUAAAUCACAAGCAGUUUACUCUCAAGGUUAAUAUUUCAUCCUUGGUAUCUCAAAAGGGAAUGAUGAAAAUAUAUUUGGGACCCCAAAUAAUGCCUGGCGAACUAGCAAUAAAAAAACAUCUUUUCAUGUUGCUUGACAUUUGUCAAGUCAACCUUAAAGUUGGAACAAAUAUAAUAACUAGGACUCCAGAGAAUAUGGAUCUCUUUUCUGAAGAUUUUAAUAUGCUUAAUACACUACAAAAGAAUGUGGAAAAUGCAGAAUUUGGAUUAGAUUCAUUACCGCCUAAAACAAUUCUAUCGCAGGUUGGAUUUCCAUCAAGACUUAUGUUACCUAAAGGAACUGCACAAGGCCUACCUCUUCAAUUAUUUGUCUUUAUUGCUCCCUAUAUAAAAGCUGGUAUUGACGAAUCAUAUUCUACAAAUAAUUUUAAAUUUAAUACUGCCAUAUUAUCGCCUGGAUAUCCACUUGAUUUGAACAUACAAGACCAACAGUUAUUUCAACUACCAAACGCCUUGAUAAAAUACAUCACUGUAGUGCAAAAGGGGGAGGGUAAAGUGGAAAAUUACGGAGGGCCUGGUAUAACUAGAUCUUGGUACAUUACAAAUACCUAUGAUUCAUCUGCUAGGCCAAAUUAUCCAACAAAGAAUCAACAAUACGGAAAUAAAAAGGAAUAUUCUUCUAAAAGUUAUGAAAUCAGAGAUACUUUAAAUGACUUCAAAUCCGAUCAAGAAAAUAUAGAAAGUGAUUAUAAUACAAUAUAUCGUGAACACAAUGAAUCUAAUCUACGUAUGAACUAUAAAGGAAACAACUAUUCUCCAAAAAGAGAGCCGUAUGACUAUAAAGCAAAAAAGGCUGAGUAUGAGAAAAAAGAUUAUGCUGCAAAAAGAAAUUUCACUAAAUAUCAUACAAUAACCAAUAACGAGAAUAAUAUUGUUGAAUCUACUACUGCGACCGAUAUUAUAAGUAGUAGUGAAAACGACUUGUACGAUAUUUUUAACAAUCUGCUACCAAAGAAAUCUUACCAAGAAAAUGACACUAGAAACGAAACUGAAAUUCCUGAAACAAGAAAUACUCAAGAGGAUUUCUCUGAAUAUGCAGUCACUUCUAGUACCAGCAAUGCUUAA